AUGGAGCCUUGGGCCUUUCUUUCCCUGAGCACAUUUCAGCGUGCCCCCUCCGCCUCUCUCUCCUCUCAGGGCCACACACGCUGCUCCGCCCUCCUUCCUCCUCCGGUAGCGCUACACUUACUGACCAUGGGUUCCAAGGCUUUGGUCAACUCGCACCCGAAGAGCUUCGGCAAAGGUGGACGCCACUGCCGCGUGUGCUCCAACCAGCACGGGUUGAUCCGCAAGUACGGACUCUACAUGUGCCGUCAGUGCUUCCGCGUAUACGCGACUGAAAUUGGAUUCACCAAGUUCUCGUAGGUUGUGCUACAGCUGGGGAAAGGAGUUGGUAGCCACGGCAGUGGCUAGUAGCGGCUGAGAGAUCCAACGGGGAGGAUGCAUUGGGUGGCGGCUGCACGGAUGUAAUCAAUCCAUUGGUUCUUUUAAAAGUUUUUUUUUUUCGUUCGAGCGCGGUAGCGCACUGUGCUGGCGAAAUAGUGUUCAGUCGGGAUCCCUCUAUAGUGCGGGUACUCGCUAUAGUGCGGGUGCCGCACUGUUCGGGGUACCCCUCUAUAGUGCAGGUUUGGUCCCUCUCCAGACUAUCUAUAGUGCGUUUUCUGACGUCACCCCCCUCUGAGUGCGGCCAAACCCACACAAAUCUCGAGACAAACACACCACGGGCUGAGACACAACUUUUCU